AUGCCCAACGUCCUCUUAUUCCGCGACCCAGUUCCAGGUCCUUCAACCGACCCAUACGAAGAUCUCUUCCAUCAACAGAACCUUGGAUAUACAACCAAAUGCGUCCCAGUACUCGAAACUACGCAUGCCAACAUCGACGAGUUGGCGUCUCGCCUCGUCAAGGGGUACGAGAAGUACAGCGGCAUGGUGAUCACGUCCAAACGAUCCUGCGAGGCCGUGCAUGAAGCUCUCUCAAACCUCUCUAGCGACGAUAACCACAUCAUCAACAACAACAGAGAGUCGUUGUCCAAAGCACUAGCACACUGGUCCUCCGUACCAUUCUACGUCGUAGGCGAAGGAACCUCCACCGCCAUCCACACCGUCCAACGCGCAUUCCACCACCUCGGUUUCACCAAAAUCCAAACGAAAGGCGAAGCUUCAGGGACGGGCGAGCAACUGGGGCACUUUAUCGUCAAAGAACACGGCCAAGACGCGAAGGAGCCGUUGUUGUAUCUGACUGGGGACAAGAAUCGGGAUACCGUUCCUACGCUUUUGACCAAGGGUAAUAUCAAGUUUGAGAGUCUGCGGGUGUACGAGACGACAGGAAGGAAAGAUUUCGAGAGGUUAUUGGAGGACGCUGUUACGUCUUUUCAGGAUGCCAACCAACCCUGGUGGAUAACCUACUUCGCCCCCUCGAGCGCGAGCUUCGUUUUCCCACUCGUCCAAACACAUCCUGCGCUCCGGAAUGCACGGAUAGCAGCCAUCGGACCGGUCACCUCGACGCACCUGGAGAAGCAAAUGGGCGUAUCACCGCAGGUCGUAGCGACUAACCCAAAACCAGAAGAUCUGGUCUCUGCGAUCGUCGAGUAUGACGGAGCCCAUCCGUACACCGACGAGUAA